AUGAGGAAGGGGAACAUUCUGGCGAAUAGCAAAGUUACUGACAGCGGUGGCCUUGUGAGCGGUAGCGUCAACAAAACUGAAUCGAGAAGAAAAACAUCUACGUCAUCUGAGUUUUCUAACACAUCAGGUGUGUCCGAUGUAGGCGUAAAUAAAAUUGAUUUUAUUAGCAUUAACAGAAUUAAUGUUUUAAAGGCGUCAUUAAAUAUGCAUCAUGAUACCAUGAUAAAAAUAAUAGCCAGUAGCAAAGAAACAGCUGAUAAAAAAACUCAACUUGAGUCAGCAUUUAGGUAUUGUAAGGAAGCAUUUCUCGAGGUAGCGACGACUCUUGCCUGUUUACUUGAGGAGAGAUUAACUCGUGAGGCGGUUGACAAUGGAAUCGAAGAUUUAAAGACAGCCAUCUGUAGCUUAAAGGAGAGUCAGAAGCAAACUUGCUUCUCUAACGCGUCACAUACUAAUGCAUCGGUAUCUGCGCAUAGGACAUAUGCAUCUGUUGCAUCGAAAGACCAGCCAAGAGUGCAGAUCUCUCGGGGCCCUGCCUUUGAAGUUCCUGCAACUACGGCUUUCAUGAUUAUGCCGGAUGAAAAAAAUAUGACAAAAUAUAACUCAUCGCAGACAACUAGGGAAGCGGUUUGUAAAAUUUUAAAGCCUUCUGAUUGUGCACUGAGAGUUAAAAAGGUAACUAAUACACGUGACAAUGGAAUCAGAAUAGAAGCAUUUUCUCCGAACAUAGAUAAAAUAAAGGCAAAUCCUGGCUUGGCAAGGGAAGGUCUGAGAGUAAUUGAAAAUAUUAAAAUAAAUCCGAGACUUAUUGUUUAUGGUGUUCCAGUAGAAAUGACAUCGAAGGAAAUAAAAGAGGAGCUCAUUGCGCAAAAUCUAGAUGGAGAUGUGACUUCGGAUGUAGAUAUAAAAGUAAUUUAUAUUUAUAAACCUAAAACUGGAAAGCAUUACACAAGUUGUGUAUUGGAAGUUGCACCGGAGAUUCGANAUAAAUUGCUGCGUAACGACAAGAUAUUUUUAAGAUAUUCUGCUUGCAGUUUUGCAGACCAUAUUAGGAUACUGCAAUGUUAUAAAUGUCUUACUUUCGGGCAUAUUGCUAAAAAUUGCAAAUCUGAAUCCAUUUGUGGACAUUGCUCGGGUCCACAUGAAACAAAAGAAUGCAAUAACAGGGAACAGUCUCCUAAAUGUUGCAAUUGUAGCCGUAAUGUAAAAAAUGCAACAGUCAAUGAUGCGCAUUCUGCUUUUGAUGUAAAGAGAUGUCCGAUAUUGAGCAGCAAAAUUAAGGAAAGAAUUUCUAAUAUUAAUUAUGGAUAA